ACACGGCUUCAGCUUUUCAAAAGGAAGUUCGUUUUUCCUAAAGUAAAGGAUCGAUUCAGAAUAUUAGCACCCAAGAUAAGUUUUUCUGUACAAAAAUGGAAGACCCGAAUGACAAAAUUGGCUGUAAUGGAAACCUUAUUGACUCCCGAAAAACGACGUGCGUUUAUUUUCACAGGCAUUAUUUACAAAAUUCAAGACUUCCUCUUUACUUCUUUUUUAUAUAGUAUUAUUAUAACCACAAGGCCAUUCAAUACGUCAGGGAUACGUAAGUUUAACAUAUUUUCCUUGUUUAUUUCUUACUGAUCAACUAUUGUACUUCUAAAUAAAUAUGUCUAUUUAUAUCUAUUAGGCAACAUUUGUGUGAUGAUGAAGUAAACCAUUUUCCGAACAAGCAAAUUACAAACUAGAAUAGGUUACCAUUAUGGUAAACUGGAUAAGGUUAGCACAUCUCAAUGGAGAUAAAAUUGCAUAUAUAUAUAUAUAUAUUUAUAUAUAUGUAUGGGAUUGGUAUAGAACAGGUACUAUUAUUUAAUAAAUGACCCUUAUUGCGUCUGGGCCGGAUUUAAUAAAAACAGAUAAUGAGAAAACAUCUUGUCAUGUUUCAAUGUGGUUUUAUAGGCAAAUUUGGCCUAUAUAUAAGUGUUCACGGUUUACUUCUAACAAAGAAUUACUAUAUUAUGGAACUACUCUAUAAAAUGAUUAUUUUCAUUCUUUGUAUGAUAUGGCGGCUCAUCUUGUUACGUCGCAGAUGCUCUUGAUUCCUAUAGGUAUGAUAUCAGGGUUAUGGGACUAUGUUUAACGCUUUCCCGCAUCCCACCAAUAUUUUCUAAUCCAAUCUCUUACUGCGUGGUUUUUAUAAUUUCUUAAUACCACUGCCAUUUAUUCUCAAAAAAAUAAAAUAAACAAAAAAUAAAAAAGAAUGUGUUCCUGUGGAAGUUGAAUAUUUGGAUAAGAUGGGUAUAUUGCUCUUUAGCAAUUUUUUUUUCUUCUUAUAAGCCCCGAUUAAGCAGACUUGAAAGGAAAGUACUAGUGGGGUUGAUGAACAAAUCAACAACGUCAUCAUAGCAAAGGGUGAAACCGCAUAAGGCCGGCAAAACGUUAGGCUUUUGCUGCACGCCGCGCGUGUGGUAGGAUUUAUUGUGGCAUGUGCACUUUUGGUACUUAUUUUCCCUCCUUCUCUCUUGUUGCGAUUUAGUUCUCAGGAAGAAAUUGUGUGAAUCGGAUAUUAAACCCCCGUAGUAAGGGCUUUGGCCAUGUCGCUUUGGUCCAGCGUUGUGUGCGCCUUUUUGCUGCUAUCCAUCACGGUCUCCGCGCAGCGAGAACGCCGGCGAUCCAUCGCGGGGUGGGUGGAGGCGGAUUCGGCGAUCCUGCCGUAUAUUACCAUUCGGGUGGUGGAUUCCCGUUCAGGGGUGGUCGUACGAACUGGCAACCUCGAUGUCACCAACACCUUCAGCUUUGCAGGGUUACCCGACACCGUCAAGGAAGUCCAGGUCCUUGUGGAGUGUUUUGACUCUCCUUUUCGAUUGAAUACGGCGGAUUCGGUUUUAGUGUUGCCUCUGGACGGCAGCAAGCCCCUUCACUUCAAAGUUGUCGUAGAAAAUACGACACGCGGCCCGUCGAAUUCGGUUGUUUCAUGGGAGGCGGACCGCUGUGGGAUUGCGCUCGCGACGCUAUUUUCGAUGGUCGGUAUGUGGAUAACUCGCCAUUCUUUGAUUUCUUUUAUUGACACCUUCUUGUUUAAGCUACCGAAGGCGAAAAGAAUUUUGGUUAAACGUUAAGCGCGUUUUUUUCUAUCCUAAUGCAUUUUUUCCUUCACCAUUAGCAUGCUUAUUUGUACGAAAAUAGUGCGAAGUUGUAAGAAUCUUAAUUCUGAGAUUCUGAUGUUGUAGUAACGGUUUUAACUUUUAAUAAAUUGGACCUUGUUUGGGUGUGUGACUAUUUUUGCUUUU